AUGGAGCGCACACCCCAGGCACAACAGUCUGAGGCUGAGGCCGAGGCAAUCGUACGGUCCUACUACAAGAGGAUUCAUAGGUUUGCUGUCGAAGCAUACCAACUUGCCGAAGCUAGAUCUAGCCGCAGCCUACUCGCACGUUCCGAAUACUGGUGUGGCCGUGGCUGCGGUGGUUUGCGCGAAUGGGAUGCUGCUGUGAGCCACUUCACGUCUGCCGUGAACAUGGAUUUGUCAGACGUCUUUUUCAAGGGUUUGCCACGUCAGCAAAGAGGUCUACUGAAGACUGAGAGGGAGGAUGUCGACUUCCUACUCCAGAGCGUAACACAACGUUACAACGAAUGGAUUCUAAACGGAGGAGCGCAUAAAGCCGUCGAUGAUCAAGGAGCAAGCCCCAGUCCUACCGAGGUUGUUCGAGAACAGGCACUGAAGGGACCGCGUUGGAGGCCACAUCAAGAACACUUUGUCUAUCUGGCAGAGCAACAGUGUAGUACAGAAGGGUCUUCCGACAGACAGCUUAGCCACCUUCGAUCAAGUGAACACCCAGGUGUUUCCUUGAAUGAGAAGGAUAUGGCAGCUGCUGAGGAAAGGCUUAAUCUGAAGGACGAUAAACAAGGGAUUCGAAACACAUUCAACGCCGAUGAGUGGUACUAUGUCAUCCGCGGCCACAAGCCCACCAAGAAACGUACGGAUCGCACCGAGCAUAGUAGUGCUAGAGAUCGAGGCUACCAAAACAGCAGACCAUCCAAGCUUCCACCAUCCGUCGCAUCAACCCAUUCCAGAAGCGUCUCUUCACUCGAACCCUCUCAUGACCUACGCAACGCACUCGACACUGCAGGCUACGAAAGCGUCGGAGCCCCACCAUCGCUCGUCGGAAGUGGCGGAUCGCCUUCAUCUGAGGGAGAGCGCGGACUGCCAUCACCUACGGCAGGGUAUUCACAAGGCCGUCGCAACAUGAAGUUGCCGGCUAUAAGCACAAGCGCAAUACGGAAAGACCCUAGGCUUGGUCAGGCCGUUCUGGGCUCCCUCUCGCCGACAGACGUGGAGGUAGACGAUAUCCAUACUGGGGAUGAGACAGGGGAAGUUGGGUCCGGCAAGAGUAUGGUCGCAUCGGCGGGGAGGGAUUUGUCGGCAACUUAUUAG